UAGGAUCGGAGAUUUUGCUCCCGUUAACGGUCGAUUCCGCUCCGCGUAUUUUUACGUGGACUUCACGGCAUUGCGUCACACUGAUGAAUUUGAAGAGAUGCUACCGAGAGCCGCAUCCGUCCGCUUAUGAUAAACAAAUCUGCGCCAGUCAGUUGAAUUUACCCGGAAUUAACGGUAACGAGGGGUUAAAAAGACGCGAUAUAUUCAAAUAAUCUCCGAAGUGGAUCACAUCAGCGCGUGUUUGUGUGUGUGUAUAUAUACACACACACGGUUAUACUCAGGUGGGCCAGACGUUUUGUGCGUGGCGUCGGUGAUAUAACCCCGGCUCGCGCGGCUCGGGAUGAUCGGUGAGGCUCAUGCACGCGCUCUUCCGUUCGAUAUCCGCACCAUCCCGGGGUGUGACGGAUAGACACGGGUCCGCCGCUGCGCCCAUGGCGGGUCCCGCAUUCACCGGAGCGCACGGGACCUGGAUCACAUCCCGGUUGCGGGAGGACGCGUCAUCUUCCUCAUCGUUAUCAUCGUCGUCGUCCACAGAGAAACCGCGCAAACGGAGAGCGUUUAACCUGGUCAGGCUGCGGCAGCCCACCGCCCCCGGUAACAACAACACACCGUUUGUGAUCUCCGGUCACAUCAAGCACAUCUGCAGUAACUGCAGCCGCGGGAACGACAUCCGGGACGCGGAGGGUGCGGAGCGUCUGGCGGCGAUGCGCUCUGAUUCGCUGGUUCCCGGGACGCACACGCCGCCGAUCCGCAGGCGCAGCAAACUGGCCAGUCUGGGACGACUCUUCAAACCGUGGAAAUGGAGAAAGAAAAAGAGCGACAAGUUCAAGCAGACGUCUGCAGUGCUGGAGAGGAAGAUGUCGACGCGUCAGAGCAGGGAAGAGCUCAUCAAGAGAGGCGUGCUGAAGGAAGUGUAUGAGAAAGUAGAGGAGGUCAGUAUGAGUGAGCUGGACAGACAGACGGUCAUCAGUCCAGUGUCAGAGUCUGCAGACACCAGCGUCACAGCGACAGUGUCGUUCUCAGAGGUCCAGUCGUCUGGAGAAACUGUGGUGUGUCUCUCGGAUCUCGUCCCAAAGCCAUCUCAAGCCCCGCCCUCUGUGAAGCCCGUGCCGUUGCCUAGCGACAGCGCUGACAUCACUCACGCGAGGCCGUCGUCUCUGAAGCAGCCUCCUGCCUUACCGCCGAAGCCAUACAGCCGGAUCCCCAACCAUCUGACAGAGACGCUGGCCAGGCUGUCGCCGCCUCUGCCUCCAAAGAAAGUGAUGAUAUGUGAGCCGGCGCCCUCGUUUCCCCUCAAAUGCCUGCCGUCCCAGGGCUCACACACACACACACACACGCUCACACACACACACACACACCUGCAGCAGUACGCCACACUGCCACUAUCACUGCAUCCACCCAGCCGCAUCAUAGAGGAGCUCAACAAAACACUCGCGCUCACCAUGCAGAGACUCGAGAGCUCUGUACUGCAGGCGAUGCCAUCUGUCCUGAUGGAGACGGAAGAGGAGAAGGAGAACAGAGAUUCAAUGCACCAAACUCCUGCCAACACACACACACUCAUCACACACACCUUCAGCACACACGAGGAAGAGGACGAGGAAGAGGAGGAUGACGACGACUCGCUGUUUACAAGUACGCUUGCUUUAAGGAUCUUACGGAAAGAUUCGCUGGCGAUUAAACUGAGCAAUCGCCCGUCGAAGAGAGAACUGGAGGAUAAAAACAUCCUACCCAUGAUGAGUGACCAGGAGCGACUGGAGUCCAGACAGCAGAUCGGCACCAAACUCACCCGUCGUCUGAGCCAGAGACCGUCAGCAGAAGAGCUGGAGCAGAGGAACAUCCUCAAACCGCGGAACGAGCAGGAGGAGCUGGAGGAGAAGCGCGAGCUGAAGAAACGCCUCUCCAGGAAGUUGAGUCAGAGGCCCACCGUAGAGGAGCUCAGAGAGGCCAAGAUUCUCAUCCGCUUCAGUGAUUACGUGGAAGUAGCGGAAGCUCAGGACUACGACCGGCGCGCGGACAAACCCUGGACCAGACUCACUGCUGCUGAUAAGGCUGCCAUACGCAAAGAGCUCAACGAGUUCAAAAGCACAGAGAUGGAGGUGCAUGAGUCCAGUCGACAUCUAACCAGGUUUCAUCGGCCGUAGAGCCGCUUCAGUCCAUCAGUGAACUCUCUCUCUCUGGUUUGGAGCUGUUCGUCUCUAACGGACUCUGAAGAGACUCUGUGCUGCUGGAUUUGAUCAGGAAUCACUCGCAGCAGAUCUGAGCUGAUCCUGCUGGACUCUCAGCGAGCUGACGAUCUGUCUGUGUGCCGAUAUUUCUGUAUAUUUUGACAAAACUGAUCUAUUAUGUGCUCUUCGCCAUGAAUUUCUCUUUUUUUGUGUUUUUUUGUUUCUCCAGGCGAUGGUUUUUAAUGCAGCAGAUGAUGUAGUUGAUUUUCUACUUGUAACUGAUAAACUAUUCCAGUCCUCUUAGUUUUUAAAAAACGGAGAACACAAAAGAAACAACUUUUCUAAUGAGCGCAAACCACAUGAUUACAAGCCGUCUUAAAAGAAAUAGUUCAGCCGGAAAGGAAAAUUAGCUGGAAAUGUGCUCACCCUCAGAUCAUCCGAGUUUGUUUCUUCAUCAGAUUUGUAGAAAUGUAGCAUUGCAUCAGUGUCUCAGCAAUGGAUGUGAAUGGGUGCCGUCAGAAUAAAAACGUCACAAUAAU